AUGGCUUGGAGACCACCAAUUGCGAAUGUGGUUAUGCAAGCAGGUUCAAAUCAAGCAGAAGGAAACCAGAACCAAGCUGGUUCAUUUGGUGCGAAUCAGAACCGCCCAAACCCUAUUCUAAAUCCAGCUCCGACUCCGAUUGGGAGUUUCGACCCGAACGACCUGACGAAUCCUCUUCACAUUCAUCCGAACGAAAGCCCAACCCUACAGCUUGUUACAGUGCAGCUGGAAGGAAGGUCUAAUUACCAUUCUUGGGCCAGAGCUAUGAAGAUGGCUUUGAUGUCCAAGAACAAGAUGAGCUUUGUAAGAGGACAUGUGGCUGUUCCGAGCAAGCUUGAUCCAAGAUAUUAUUAUUGGGAGCGCUGCAACACGAUGGUCUUGUCAUGGAUACUUAUGGCUGUCUCUUCCACUAUAGCUCGAAGUGUUCUUUGGAUCAAUACUGCUGAAGGAGUGUGGAAAGACCUGAAAAAGUGCUUCAGCCAGCAAGAUAUAUUCAGAAUUGCUGAAAUCCAGUCACAAAUUUAUCAAACGAAGCAAGGUAACUCUACCAUAAAUGAUUAUUUUACACAAUUGAAGUUACUGUGGGAUGAACUUCUUGUUCUUAGAACUAUUCCUGGAUGUGAAUGCCCUACUGGUUGUGAAUGUGGGAACAAAUUAUCUGAAAAAGUGAAGGCACAUUUAGAGAAUGAUAUGUUUUCUGCAUUCCUAACUGGUUUGAAUGAUAGUUACAUUAACACCAAGCAUCAGAUCAUGCUGAUGAAACCCCUCCCAGAUGUUGGUGAAGCUUUUUCCAUGAUUUCACAACAAGAGAGGCAAAUACAUAUUGAAUCUAGUGCUCUGGGAGAUGGCAUUACAGGGGAAAAUGUUUUCUUUACAAAAGCAGAUGAUGGCAGUAAGAGAACCUUCUCUAAUCCGAAGCAGAAACCUGUAUGUAGUUAUUGUGGUUAUACAGGGCACACUGUGGAGAAGUGCUACAAGAAGCAUGGCUAUCCACCAGGUUGGAAGCCAAGAAACAAAGGGUGGGGGUCUUCUACCCAAGUCCAGAGUUCUGUGCAAGACACUGAAAAUCCAAGGACUAAUUCAUCCUUCACUCAAGAGGAUUGA